AUGUCGAAAUCGCUGGUGAAAAAAGUGCCAAUUGUUUAUCAUCCCGGUUAUAAUAUUACUUUUUGGAAUUUGGAAAAGAUCCAUCCGUUUGACACACAAAAAUAUAAACGAAUUCACAAAUUUCUCCUAUCAUCAAAUCUUUUCGAAGCUAAAUCAUUUCACGAACCGACACCACCAACAGAGGAGGAAUUGUUGAAUCUUCAUUCACAGCAAUAUCUCGAAUCAUUGAAAAGUAAUAUCGCAUUGCAACGAAUAUUAGAAGUUCCACUUGUGGCGAUUUUACCACAGAUUUUAAUGCGAAAAAAGGUUUUGGAACCUAUGCUGUUACAGACAGGGGGAAGUGUAUUGGCUGCAGAAUUGGCUUUAGAACAUGGGUGGGCUAUUAAUUUGGGAGGGGGGUUUCAUCAUGCACAUUAUAAUGGUGGGGGUGGAUUCUGUGUUUAUGCCGAUAUUUCUAUGAUGGUUGGACGAAUAUUAAACAAUCAUCCGGAUCGAGUAAAUAGAAUAAUGAUUGUAGAUUUGGAUGCGCAUCAGGGGAAUGGUCCAGAACGUGAUUUAGCAAACAACAAUAAAGUUCUAAUAGUAGACGCCUUCAACGCGAACAUUUAUCCACACGAUACGGACGCUUUAUCAUCAACCACCAUACCAAUACUACUCAAAACGCCAGCAUCAAAGCAUGACAAAAAAUAUCUUUCGCUUGUACAAUCAAAAAUAUCUCAAUCAUUCCAUAAGUUCCAUCCUGAUUUCAUUAUAUAUAACGCGGGAACUGAUUGUCUCGAAGGUGAUCCAUUGGGCGCGAUGGAUCUUACUCCUGAUGGUAUCAUUACACGAGACGAGAUGGUAUUUCAAAUAGCGUUAGAGCAAAAGGUGCCAGUGGUGAUGGUGUUGAGCGGCGGUUAUCAAAAGAAAAAUGCGGAUAUUAUCGGUGGGAGUAUAUUGAAUUUGGUGAAGAAGUUUGAUCUUUUAGAACCAAAUCGAAGGACAUCGUUAACUUUAUCACCCAUUAAUCCCGAUGAUUAG